GCAUUUCCUCACCGCCCACAGAAUGCUAGAUUAUUUUGGCGCACUGGCGAAGGGUCGUAUCAACAUAUCAAACUCUUUCACCUUCGGCAUUUUGUAAUAGCAAACAAAAUGGGAAAGACACCAAAGCCAAAGAAGGGUAGACCCGUUUCUGUGCGCUCCCGAGCCGCAAGAAGAGAAGCCUCCCCGUCCAUUGACGUGGAUAAGUCUCUUACUGAAACCAAACCGCCAACUCCUUCAGCCAAUGAACGACCUUCAGUCUUGGCGCUACACCAAGGCGCUGGGGUUACGAAAAAGUCCAAGAAGGCAAAGCCCAUGAGCAGGGCGCAACGGAGACGGCAUGAAAAGGGACUUGAGAGAGCCGAUACCGUGAUCGAUCAACUGGAGAAGAAGGUGAACAAGAGCCUUGCAAGAGGUCGCAAUGUCGAUAAUCGGAGGGCCGAGUGGGAAGACAUCAACCUAGCAACUACAACUGCCGCGAAACAAAAGAAUCAGGAACAGAAAGACGAUGCCGAUGAAAAAAUAUCCGAAAUCGACGUGGAACAGCCAUCAAAGCGUUUUGAUGGCCUUUCUGAGGUAGAGAUGGGACCGAACGCCCAAGAAUCAACGAUGGAAAUUCAGACUGAAGUUCAGGCUCGCCAGCCCGAACAGGAAGAUGAGGACGGAAUUCUUUAAAUUAUCUGUGCUAUUUCCGCGCUGGUUUGGAAGCAUUACAAGGCGUUCGGUGGUGGUCACUCUGGCACACGGUAUAUUGGGUCUUAAAGAGUAGAGGAAUCUGCAAUCUUGCUCGCUGGCUUCAUAUUAUUUAGAAAAAAUUUCUUUUAUGUUUAUCAAGAGGAUCUACCAUGGCAUAUAAUGGUUCGGGUUGGCAUUUUGGACGUUAGACGUAUGUAAAAUAUAGGGACUGCAGAACCUCCCUGUAUAAUAUGGGC